GGAAAAUUCGAAGUUUUUCAUUCGACCCGGCUGGAUACUAUUUCCGCGAUUAGUGACCUGUUUCGCGCUCGGUGGCGGCAGCUCAAAAGGGACCAUGUCGGACGUCGUGAUCGAUUUGGUUAACAACGAUUCCGAAACGGACGACGUUAUAAUGAUCGAUGAUCAGCCGGAAGCUAGUGACUCGAAGGAGGAUUUGCGGCCAGCAGAGUAUCACGAGGAGGAUAAUUCCGAGACGAACGAGGUGUUGGACGUAGAGUUCGUAGAAAUCAGCAACCAAACUCUCGCAGAGGAAAAGAAAAAUUCUGGCAAUGAUGAGUACAAAGCGAAGCGGUACGAUUCCGCCCUUCGUUUCUACUCCGAAGCCAUCAACAUCAGUCCGGAAACGGCGGCGUACUAUGGCAACCGAUCCGCCUGCCACAUGAUGCUGGGAGACUACCGAUCCGCACUGAACGACGUCAAGACGGCCAUCGCCAUCGAUGACAAGUACGCGAAGGGAUACAUUCGAAUGGCCAAGUGUUCGCUGAUGCUCGGUGACGUAAUCGGUACGGAUCAGGCGAUCAGGAAGUUUCUCAGCUUGGACCCAUCGAACACGUCACUGCGCGAUGAAAUCGUCAACCUGAAGCAGUUGCGCGAUCUGAACGAGAAAGCGACCGCCUGCUACGAUAGGCGCGACUACCGGACAUGUUUGUACCACUGUGACAAUGCGCUCAAGAUUGCACCCGGGAGCAUACCGAACAAGCUGCUGAAAGCCGAGUGCCUGGCGCUGCUGGAACGGUUCGGGGAGGCCGGCGACAUUGCGAUCACGAUCAUGCAAUCGCACAGCACAAACGCGGACGCGAUCUACGUGCGGGGCUUAACGUUAUACUACAGUGACAAUCUGGAGAAAGGAUUGCUGCACUUUGAGCGCGCCCUAAUGAUGGAUCCGGAUCACAAGAAGGCCAAAGCGAUGCGCGUGAAGGCUAAGCAGCUGAAGGAAAAGAAAGAGUCGGGCAACGAGCUGUUCAAGACGGGCAAGUACCGCGAAGCGCUGGCCGUGUACAGCGAGGCUCUAGCACUGGACCAGCAGAACAAAGACAUCAACAGCAAGCUGUACUACAACCGGGCGCUGGUGAACUCCAAGCUCGGCAACUUACGGGACGCGAUAUCUGACUGCUCCAAUGCGCUGACACUGAACGAAAAGUACAUGAAGGCACUGCUGCAACGGGCCAAGCUGUACUACAACAUGGAAAACUUCGAGGACGCGGUCAAGGACUACGAGAAGGCGCUCAAGAACGAUCGUACGAUGGAGAUCCGGAACCUGCUGAAGGAUGCCAAACUGCAGCUGAAGAAAUCGAAGCGUAAGGACUACUACAAAAUACUGGGCGUCAACAAGCAGGCUUCGGAUGACGAAAUCAAGAAGGCAUACCGGAAGCGGGCCCUGGUCCAUCACCCGGACCGGCACGCGAACGCGAGCGAAGACGAAAAGAAAGAACAGGAACGCAAAUUCAAAGAACUCGGCGAGGCGUACACGGUGUUAUCGGAUCCAGUGAAAAAGUCACGCUACGACAACGGCCAGGAUUUAGAAGAAAUGAGCCAGGGAGCUGACAUUGACCCGCAACAAAUCUACCGGCAGUUCUUCCCGAGCGAUUUCGGCUUCGGCGGUUUCCCCGGUGGAGGAUCGUGUGGCAACAGUUCCAAUUUUACGUUCCACUUCGGUUAGAGCACACCCUCACGGUUCGAUAGCGCUUAAGCAAAACAAAACAAUUAAAGCCACCAUCAAGGAUCUGCGCAUCAAUCUGCACACUUAUUCUGCGUUCCUCCGUGUACUGUAACGCGGACCCGUUUCUGUUUCUAUGGAAUGGUGGUUUGGUGGCUUUUUAUAACCGGUUCUUUUGCGGCACACAACAUCACGACGCCAGCCACCGUGCAGGUUUUUUUUUCGGAAGUUUACGAAGCUUUUUGAAGAUUCUUUUACUCAAGAGCGUCCUGUAGUUUUCCCGUGCGAAUGGUCUCUCUCAGUGAUAAGUAGAAGGACGGAAUAGUAACUACCGAUUGCACAUGGUCCCCUGUUCUCCAUAUUGGAUGUUUUUGUGUCCCCAAAACUCUAGCGCCGGAGCCAUUGAGCAUAUUUUUCCCUGCUGCUGCGCACCGAACGGAGAGUUGGAACGGUGUUUGGGUGGAUGUGUAAACCGGAGUGCACCAAGUGCAUCGCUGCAACGCUUCGUCGCUAUUCAUCCGACAAAGGAACGUGACCGACGACUCGAGAGUUCACCACAUCC